AUGGUGUCGGUAUCUUUGCUCGUGAAUGUUGGCAAAUGGGUUGCCUCAUUUGCCGUGAAAGCAGCCUGGAAAUCCCUUUCACAGAAUGAUGCUGGACAUGCUACUGAGAUUCUCCGUGGUAUCAGUACCGGGCAACAUGAAGUAGCCCGGCAGAUUGAAAAUUUAUCUAUCAAGGUUGAGAUUUUAGACUCUAUGAGACGCAUUCUAUAUUGGUCAAAGCGUAUGGAUGAGGUUAUGGAUGAUUUCAAGAAACUGAAUGGUGGACAAAUCAAUGCGACUGAUUUAGCUUAUGUCGAGCUUCUCUCUGCUCUUCGAGACGAGAACCUUGCCGAGACUGACGCGGAACGCCUAUAUAAAGAAUUCCACGAUCAAGUAACGACUAUUUCCAACACGCUACUGAAGCUCUACCCGCCUGGUCUUCGCUUCCUAAAACCAAGCCUUGAAGACGCCGGUAGCCAGGAUGGCAGUCAGUGGCUGAAGUGGCAGCAAGCCGAUAAUAGCAAUCACCAUCUUGUGAUGCACAACUUCUAUAUUCCAGUCCUUGGCAGCGCCAGAGAGCCGAUACAAACUAAAAAACCAGAGGCCUGGCAAUUCGCCCUCCAGCAAAAUGAAGAGCCCCUUGGUGCAAUGCAGUUUUUGUCUGCUUGGGAGAAUAAAGGCAACAAGCGAUUGCGGUAUAGCAAGAAAUAUCAACAAGGAUGGAGUAUUAACUUUUCUACCAGCAAAAACCGCGACACGAGUGCAAUUUUAUUCAAGCUCAUACCACUUGAAGGUAAAAAGCCUGAAUUUCGUUUUGUACCAUAUCUUGAGGGUUCAAUGGGAAUUGUUAGUGACAAGAAACGCACAUUCGACUGGAAGUUUGUAGCUGUUGCUGAGUAA